GGGAUGUUUACGUAAGGUCACGUCCAUGGGCUGUAAAUGAUCUUACAAACCAUGACAAAACUGAGUGAAACGGCGUUUAAUUAAAUGACAUUUUAGCCACCUUUAUUGUUUAAAGUUUUGACACAUUUUGCCGUGAUGGACGCACUCUUCUCCUGGCUUUUCUCCUCGGAGGAAGAGGAGUUGUACUUGUUGGACUGCUUGGGUUACUUUAUGAUUUUAAUGGCAGCCUGCACUUUCGUUGCUUUGCUUUUCCAAGAUGUCCCAUACGGACGAUACGCUCCCACCACGGCUAGAUUCCGGGUUGAUGCCCGGGUUGCUUGGUUCGUGCAGGAGCUGCCUGCCUUCCUGGUGCCUUUCUGUCUGAUAGUGUGGACAUCCUCGGCUAAAACAUCACUGCUGCCCAACCAGCUGGUCAUUGCAAUGUAUAUCUGCCACUAUACUCAGAGAUCCCUCAUUUAUCCAUUUUUAAUCCGGGGGGGUAAACCAACACCACUGGACUCAUUCGUGUUAGCCAUUAUGUUCUGCAUCUAUAAUGGAUACAUGCAGAUCAGGUACCUGAGCCACUACGCUGACUACCCGGCACAUUGGGUUACACAUCCAUGCUUCAUUGCAGGGUCUGUUCUGUGGUUGGUCGGCUGGCUGGUGAACAUGCACUCUGACCACAUCCUGAGGAACCUGAGGAAGCCCGGAGAGACUGGUUACAAAAUUCCCACAGGCGGACUGUUUGAAUAUGUGUCUGGAGCAAACUUCUUAGGAGAGAUAACUGAGUGGGCCGGCUUCGCUCUGGCUGGUCAGUCUGUCCACAGUACAGCUUUCGCCAUCUUCACUGCAGUGGUCCUCUCCAGCAGGGCUGUGUCCCACCACAAAUGGUACCAUGCUAAGUUCGAAGACUACCCGAAAAGUAGGAAGGCACUGAUUCCCUUUCUGUUCUAAAAAAAACGUGGCUGCUGAAAGCUUGGAAAGGACAUUUCCAACAUUUUACAAAACUUAGAUAAGCUCUAAAAUAAGCUAAACUUGAAGACACAGUGCUAAAAGCUGAAAAAAACAUGGGCUGCAAGCUUGUAAAUAACCUCAUUUGGGUGUUGCUUUGGUAAUAACGCCCAUAAAGCAAAGUAACCUCAAUAACACUGAGCUGUAUGUAAUUGAAAUGCUCUGUCUGCCGGAGAGGCAGCAUUUAGCGUUCCUACGGAGGAAAUAGGAUGGCGAAUGGAGCGUACCUCAACAGUAAUACAGUGGAUUUAUAACUCUCUGCACCAGCAGUAAAAUCUUUAAAGACUCUCCGCUGAUCUGCAUAUUCCCCCAGAUGGAAUAUAAACUCGGAAAUGCAAAGCAGACACUUAAAAGUUUCGUUCAUUCCCAGAAGUCAUCUGUUGCCAGUGCAUCCUUUUUAACAUCCGACCAGAUGAAGACGAAGGAGAUUCAAUGAAGUCCAAACACAUUUUGCUCCGGGUGUCAUCGCUACAAAUUCUUGCCAUGCAUCUCUGUUCUUUAAAGACUGAUACUGUAGCAGGCCUGUCUACAGCUACUCUACUGCAGGGAAAUCGAAUAGAUGUCAAGCAUGUCCCUCAAUAACUCACCCAUGCCUGAAAUAAGAAGAAGAGACCACUGCCUCAACACAUCACUCCUGUCAGGGUGUUCUGAGAAAGAGAGAAACCCAGAAGAGAUGAUUGAGUGUGUGAAAGCAGGAGCACAUUGAGCAUAAACUACUCUAAAUGGAUGAGAGGAGGGAGCCUGGGAGGAAAGAUAAGACAUGAGAAACCUCUUCUCUAUUCUGUUGUUGGUAAAAAAUGAGUUUUACCAUAAUCUCAUCACCGUGAGUUGGGACUUUCCUCGAGUCAUGUCCUAGUAAUCUAUCUGCUUCAUUUUCAGUAUAGGUUUACUAUGAAGUGCAAUUAUCUCAUCAACAGUUGAAUCCAUAUGCAAAAGGACAUUUCCAUUCAAGCUUGGUUUCAAAGUGUUAUACCCCACAAAAGUGCAACAGUCUCCCAUCACUUCUCAUAAAUGCUCCCUUCUCCCAGUGGGGGACAUUUUCCAUCAAAGCCAAGGUCACGUCAAAUUGAAUGAAUGUUUUGUUUUUGAACAUUUAUAUUAUGUCAUGGUUUUUAAACAUGGUCUCAUCAAUAAAUAAAAGACCUCUUUGUCUGAGUAUGAUGAAAAAUGAA